UAUCCAUGAGCAACGGUACGAAUCCUGUGCAACUUCUUGAAAUGUCUGCCAAAAUGACGACGAAUGAUCAAGACUUUUUUUGGGAAAGACAUGGAGAUAUCGUGAGGGACCAAUUGGAACUGUACACGAGAAGCUUAUAUUAUGACUGCACAUUCCGGAUCGGAGACACCAACCCACAGAUCUUCAAAUGCCACAAAGUCAUCCUUGCUAGAGCCAGCGGGUUUUUCGCUAACUUACUUUAUGGGACGUUCAAGGAGACAAAUUUGGAUAAAGAUGAUCCGAUGGAACAUUAUGGAAAUGUUGGUCCUGAAGCUUUUGAUUUGGCCAUGAGGUUUAUUUAUGGAAACGAGGCUGACUUCAAGACAGUGGAAUUGGCAUCUGAAGUCUACGUUCUUGCCCAUUCGUGGGCCAUGGAAAGCUUGAUGACUGCCUCCGCAGAGUUCUUUAAAAACGUGGAGCCAAAAGACAUCUUGAUCCUCUAUGAUAUGCACAAAUUCCUGAACAAUGACACCGUUAGUUGGGAAUAUUACAAGAUCCUAAAGGGAAACACAAGUGAAGUAUUCAAUUCCCACCACUGGAUUAAAGCAACGCCAUCGACGAUCUUGGAAAUUUGCGAGAUGAAGAAACUGAAAAUCAAAUCAGAAGGGGAGAUUUUCCGUGCACUGCUGAAAUGGGGCGAAGAAAACUGCACUAAUGCAGACAAAUCAGACAUGCGAGAGAAGAUCGACAGCGCGCUGAAGCUCGUACAUUUCAGAGCAAUGUCAGCUGAGGAGUUUUCAGAGCUCAGUUUGACGACGAAAGUGCUUACUGUGGAAGAAAAGCUGCAGAUCCUUCUCAGCAUUUCACUCGGCAAAUCUGAAUUAAUGCCCACACAUUUUUCAAUGAAAAACCAGUUUCGUGGUUGGGAUUCCGUGGUAAGGUUGACUAAUUUUCUUGUCACGUCAGACAUGUCUGUCAAGUUUGACUCUCCGAUAUCCAAUUUCAAAUUUCGGAUUCAAAGCAGUGUAGACAAAAUUUACCUCAGCAGCUUCAGUCUAAUAUGCCUGACAGACCUCAACGAGGGCUUGAAAGCCGAAUUGCAGUGCUUGCUUUGGAGCUCUUGUCCAGACGAGCCUCUGGCUACUGUAAAAGUCAAGCGAGAUAUUGAUUCGAGCAACAACAAUGAAAUUUUUCUACCUCGACCUAUGGUUUUGCAAAACGGGAUAUUUUACAAUCUCACGAUUCGAUAUUUGCACACCGACGCGCUGAAAACCAAGAAACUGGAGUACCCCCAGUUCCUUGCGUGGAAUUUGUUCGGUAAUACUGUUAAACUGCACCGAGCACCUGAAUUGAUUUCACACAAUGAUAUUCGAUCGAUGCAAUUCCAUAGGAUGAUAAUUGAUACUCCACCAAAGUAGUGGGAUUAAUGUAGUCAAAGUUUGUAUAGUCAUCUAGAAAAUAAUACAAAUUUUGAUAUUUUUAUAAUUUGGAUCAAAUAUUUUAAAUAAUUAUGUUGCUGAUAUUGUCUAAAUAAUUUUCCAAACAAUUUGAUAAUAAACUAGUACUCGUAUCCCAGUCUAGCUCAUGGAUAAGGGUCGAAACUAGUUAAGCAGGUAGAAAUAUGGACAAAUAAAACACUUUUACUACACACCGA